UAUGAAUGAAUGGAAAACGCCACUGCCGUGCUGGAUGGCUGAAAAAAAGCGAGGGAUUUUAGGAGGAAGGCACAAGAUCGAGCGACGAGGUGGCUUUGAACAAGCCUCAUGUGAAAGCGGGAGUCGCAGGCUGAGUUUAACAAGUCAGAGUGAGGAAAAAACUCGUUGAUUUUGCGUGAGCGUGCGCGAGGACAGGAUAUCCCAUUGAAAGUCGGUGGCGGCGCGGACCUUCCAAUACACGCAUCAACAGGUUAUCCCAGUGGAGAGCGUUUAGCUGUCCGAGUGUUUGUAGUACAGCUUUUACCUGUGGACAUUUUUUUCAGGUAAACUAAGAGCGGGCUGUAAAGUGGACGAUCGCAUUUUCUAUUUUAUUUUAUCGACAUAUCAUCUUGCAAAAUUGGAACAAAGAUCACUGAAAAGUAUGUUUUGUGUAAUAAAAUUCGGCGCUUGAAAAAUGACGACGCUGCAAGAUACUCAACUGCUGUGACAACAACUGACAUAUGAACAAGGCGCACAGAAACUGGAGCAGCAAACCAUAGUUAAUUAAAAAUAUAUAUAUGCGUGAAAAAUGAACGGAAAACAUUGUAGAAUGAACUGAAGUACAACAUUGCGACUCGUUAUUGGGAAACAAAACUAUAGGCACCGAACCAGGGUGAAGGUAGCCUGCAGUUCCAAACCAAAACACCUAAUUAUCAGUACUGAUGCUGCUGUAGUUUCUGACCCAGAUGAGCUGGCGACAAGCGAUUUCAUGUAUUGCCCGCAACGAAAGAAAGGUCGUAUAAACCGCUAAAUGCAUAGAUGGUUCCGAACAAGUGGACUAUGAACUCGGUUCUGCACAGAUACGGCUCGCCGCCGAGGAGCUGGCUCGGGCUCCGUUUGCGACUGAACGAGAGGUUCGCGCAGGAGGAGAAGAGCGCGCUGUGCCAGCACCCGGACUGCCCCGACCACCGCCGCGCCGCCAAGGUCUGUCAUCACCCAGACUGCCAGGACCUGAACAACCAGAGCCCACUCAACCUGUGCGAGUCAUGUGACUCCCGGCGCCACCCAGAGGAGUCGGACAGCAUGCACUUCGACCGACACCCUCGCUUUGACCUGCAGCCACAAGGUUCAAUCCUGGCUCGGAACGUGUCCACGCGGUCAUGCCCCCCACGCACCUGCCCCCCCUCUGACCUGGAAGAGGAAGAGGAUGGGGGCAGUGACCGAGGCAGGGAUCGCAAAGCGGGGGGAAUGAAACUGGUGAAGAAGAAACCCAGGAGGCGGCACACGGACGAUCCAAGCAAGGAGUGCUUCUCCCUGAAGUUCGAUCUCAGCGUGGACAUCGACACAGAAAUAGUCCCUGCCAUGAAGAAGAAGACUUUGAGGGAGGUGCUCGGACCAGUGUUUGAACGGAAGGGGAUCGAGCUGUCCCGGGUCAACCUGUUUCUGGCCCAGUCCAACACCCCGCUCUCCCUCAACUUCGAAGCCUACCGAUUCGGGGGCCAUUACCUGAAAGUGAGAGCGAGGCCGGGGGAGGAGCUGAAGGUGGAGCAGGGGGUGAAGGACCUGCGCUCCCUCAGUCUGCCCAUCAUGAAGCCGGGGGGCAGCCCGAGCCCCUACAUCCUCACCCCCGGGAGCGAGAGGGUGGAGCACGGGUCCCUGGGCCGGCGGGAGAGCGCCGACCUGCUGGGUCAAGCACGUCGUCGCAAGAACAUGACGGAGUUCCUGGGGGAUGCGAGCAUCCCGUCCCCGGACUCCCUGGCGCAGCUGGGGGGGUCCCUCUCCGGCGGGGGGGCCGGGCCGGACAGCUGGAAGAACCGAGCGGCCAGCCGGUUCAGCGGCUUCUUCAGCUCCGGGGCCGCCACGGGGCCCUUCGGCAAGGAGGUGGACCGUGUUGAGCAGCUCCACAGCAAGCUGCACUCCUACACCCUUUUGGGUCUGCCCAAGGUCCCCCCCCAGCUGUCCUUCCACCACGACUCCUGGGAGGAGGAGGAGACCAACCUGGAGCUGGAGGAGAGCUGGCAGUGCCUGCUGGAGAACCCGGAGUCGCUGACCAGGCGGCAGUUCCACCAGCAGGAGGCGAUCUGGGAGCUGCUGCAGACGGAGGCCACCUACAUCAAGAGGCUGCGCGUCAUCACCGAUCUGUUCCUGUGCGGGCUGCUGAACCUGCAGGAGAGCGGGCUGCUGACGGAGGUGGAGCCGUCGCGCCUCUUCAGCAACAUCCAGGACGUCGUGCGGCUGCACACGGCGCUGUGGGCCCAGGUGAUGCUGCCCGCGCUGGAGAAGGCCCGGGAGAGCCGCGCCCUGCUCGACCCCGCCCACCUGCACGAGGGCUUCCAGACCAUCGGCUCCAGGUUCCAGCCCUACAUCCAUUACUGCAUGGAGGAGGAGAGCUGCCUGGAGUACACCAGGAACCUGCUGAAGGAGAACGAGCUCUUCAGGAUCUAUGUGACGUGGGCGGAGACGCACAAGCAGUGCAACAGGCUGAAGCUGACGGACAUGCUGGCCAAGCCCCACCAGCGGCUCACCAAGUACCCGCUGCUGCUGAAGAGCGUGCUGAAGAAGACCGACGAGCCGGCCACCCGCGAGGCCGUCAGCGGCAUGGUGGCCCUGGUGGAGGGCUUCAUCAACAGCGUCAACUCCCAGAUGCGCCAGCGGCAGGAGCGGCAGAAGCUGGCCGCCACCUCCAGCCGCAUAGAGUCCUACGAGGCCGUGGAGGGGGGCAGCGAGGAGGUGGAGAAGAUCCUGCGCGAGUUCAGCCGCUUCGACCUGACCGCCCCCAUGAUGGGCAUCACCCCCGAGGAGACGCGUGAGCUCCACCUGGAGGGGGCGCUGCGCAUGAAAGAGGGCAAGGAGAGCAGGAUGGACGUGUACUGCUUCCUGUUCACCGACCUCCUGCUGAUCACCAAGUCGGUGAAGCGCGUGGAGAAGGUCAAGGUGAUCCGCCAGCCCCUGCUCAUCAACAACGUGGUGUGCAGAGAGCUGAAAGACCCUGGCUCCUUCCUACUCAUCUACCUCAAUGAGUUCCACAGCGCGGUGGCGGCCUACUCCUUUCAGGCCAACAGCGCCACCCAGGGGCGCAACUGGAUAGACGCCAUCUACAACGUCCAGAAUCGGCUUCAGAAGCUUCGCUCGGAGGAGCACGUCCGGCGGCAGGUGACCCCCCUCCAGCCGACGGUGGGGGAGGGGGACGAGAGCAGCAACUCCGCCGCCAGCUCCCCCUGUCUGCCGCACAAGGAACAGCAGAGCGGAAGCCAAUCGGACGGCUCGACCGAGACCCUGUCGGUGGCCGUGUUGGGGGAGACCAACGGGUCCGAGGAUUCGUCGUCCUUCCGCACGGAUCUGGGGGAGUCGUUUGGGGAGGGCUCCCUCUCGGAGGCGGAGACACCCUCCCGUCACUCGACGGUGCUGCACCCUAACCCCAACAGCCUCCGUCACCUCUUCUGCACGGAGGUGGAGGUGAAGGCCGACAUGGACCCCCAGUGCCGCUCGCUGUCCAUGGACAGCGCCUACGGGACGCUGUCCCCCGAAUCACUGCUGAGGGAGCUGCACCGGAGGGAGAGGCCCGGUCACAGCGAGGGGGAGGAGACUGAGGGCGAGGAGGCGGAGCCUGGGGAGGAAGAGGAGGAGGAGGACCUGUCCUCCAGCGGCUCCCAGCGCUCGGGGGACAGCUCCCUCCGGCUGCGGCGACGCCCCCCGGUGCAGCCCCGCCCCCACUGCCUGCAGGUGUUCGCGAACCGGUCGCGGUCCGAGGACAACCUGCUGCAGCGGCUCUGUCAGCACUCCCUCCCGGGGGCACCGGGGGGCGCUGCGGAGACGCCGGUCCAGGGGAGCAGGUCCCUGCCCCACCUCUGCAAGCGGGACCCCCGGAGCGCCGAGCCGCCCUGCGAGGCGGACGGGGGGCGGCCUGACGCCGGGGAGGACCGCCUGACCCAAAGCGCGCCCGAGGGGGAGCUCAGCGACAUCCUGAGACGGGCCGAGGCCCACGGCAGCCGCAGCUGCCCCUGCAGCCGGGCCAGCAGCAGCGGGUCGGACUGUGAUACGUCGCCCCCCGCAGCGCCGGAGGGGGACUGCGACUGCAGCUGCAGCUUGGGCGACAGCGGUGAGGAGCAGGACUGCAGAGAGACGGGUGCAGGCAGGAAGUGCAAGAGCAAGGCCCAUGGCCCCGCCCAGCAGCACAAGAAGCUGACCCUGGCCCAGCUGUACAAGAUACGCACCACCCUGGUGCUCAACUCCACACUCACAGCAUCGGAAGUGUAGUCAGACUGGGGAACGGUGCCAGAUGCCGUGGCCAAGCCUCCAGACGGAACUGCGAGAUGGAGCUCUCGCACUCCGUGGGACUGAAUUCCCUGUGACACCGAUGCGCUCUUGAGUGUGAACGUCCACGACUCCCUCCCUUCCCUUUAGAGACUGCGCACAUAGACCUUUUCUCAUAGCCUCACGAUUACAGUGAUGAUAAUAGUGAUAAUUAUUAUUGCUUGGUUGCGUUGAUUUUUAUGUUUGCUAGGGAAGGGAGGUGCCGGCGGGGAGGGGGGAGUUGAAUUGUUUGCACUUUGUAGCAGCGAGGGGGGUGUGAAUUCGGACACUGAAGGAGACCGGAAGGAGCCCCAGGACAGUACCCGUAAGCCCCAAAGAGAUUGGGCAGGCGUGUGGGAGAGAAGGACCGCCCACCUCCAACGCUGACGAGAGCGGGACCCUGUAGGACACCCCUGCUGCCUGUGGGGGGAAAU